AUGCUAGCAUUUGAUUCGCAGGCCUCAGGCUGCCACGGCCACUGGACAAUCCUCCUUCAUAGAUUCUAUUGCAAGAAGUCGCUGACGCGGUUCAAUGUCAAGGGUGUUGCUGCGAGCUGCGUGUGGCUCGCGUCGAAGCUGGAGGAGAAUCCUCGGCGGAUUCGUGACGUGCUGAACGUAUUCCACAGGAUUAACUUAAGGCGUGAUAACCUCCCGUUGGCUCCCCUGGAGCAGUUCUCAAAGAACUAUGAGGACUUGCGCACGGAGCUGAUUCGAACGGAAAGGCACAUAUUGAAGGAGAUGGGGUUCAUCUGCCACGUGGAGCAUCCCCACAAGUUCAUUUUCAACUACCUGCGACAGCUGGACGUGCUCGAUGACGCUGUGAAGCACGAGGCCUGGAACCUCGCCAAUGACAGUUUGCGGACAGUCCUGUGUGUGCGGUUCAAGAGCGAGGUGGUGGCAUGCGGGGUGAUCUAUGCAGCAACAAGGCGGGCGCGCAUCCCGCUUCCAGAGAACCCGCCCUGGUGGCUGGCGUUCGACGCCUCCAAGGAGGGCAUUGACGAGGAGCUUCCUGGAGUAUUGAAGCAUUCUGCACCUGGCCAGCCUGCAAAGAGGAAGAGAGAUGUGAGAGACACAGAAGGUGGUGGGGAACCAGAGCGCGCAGAAAGGGAGGAUUCUGAAUCGGACGGGGAGAAAACGUUGGUGAGCAAGAGAAGGGACAAAGAGCUAGCUCUGAAAGAGAUGAAGCUGAGGGAGCAGCUAAAGCGAGAUCUGGAGAAGAAAAAGGGAGCGCUGCGCACGGGGAAGGAUGGGAGCAGAGACAAGAGGGAUGACCGGGGUGGUGAUGGGGAGCGCAAGGAUCGGGAUAGGAGAGAUAGGGACCGGGAUGGUGACAGAGAUAGGGAUGGUGAUCGUGACGUGGAGCGCGAUCGAUCGUUUCGAGAUGAAGGCCGGCGUGACCGUGAACCUUACAGUGGGUGGUCGCGGCGGUGGGCGUGGUCGGCAACCUGUCCCACGAGAGAGGGAUUUCACCACAUCCAAGGACAAGCACCGCAGGCGAUAACUGGUGAUGGUGCUGAAAAUGUUUUGUUGGCCCAUUGUAAUGCGGUGCUCGUCAAACUGUGA